CAAUUCUAAAGGUUCCGUUCAUGUAGUUGAGUAAAUAUGAGUACACCUAUUAAACGUUACAGGCGUAGCUCCAAAUCGUCUGAUGAAGAAGAGAAGGAAGACAAUUAUGUGCCCUACGUUCCAGUUAAAGAACGGAAAAAGCAACAUUUGAUGAAACUAGGGCGCAUUGUUCAACUGGCCACAGAAACAACACAGCCGAAAUCUUCUAGCGAAAAUGAAAACGAAGAUGAUGCACAAGGUGCCCAAGAGGCAGAGACUUGGGGUCGCAAAUACAACAUCAGUUUGCUGGACCAACAUACAGAGCUUAAAAAAAUUGCGGAAGCCAAAAAGUUGAGCGCCGUGGAAAAACAGCUUCGUGAGGAGGAAAAGAUAAUGGAGAGCAUUGCGCAGCAGAAGGCACUGAUGGGUGUAGCGGAAUUGGCUAAAGGUAUACAGUAUGACGAACCGAUUAAGACAUCAUGGCGGCCACCGCGCUAUAUAGAGGCCAUGCCCGAGUCGGAGCGGCAGGCUAUACGUAAGCAGCUGAGAAUCUUGGUUGAAGGCGAGAAUGUUAGCCCUCCCAUUCGCAGCUUUCGUGAGAUGAAGUUUCACAAGGGCAUUCUCAAUGGUCUGGCUGCCAAGGGAAUUAAAAAGCCAACGCCCAUACAAGUGCAGGGCCUGCCAACUGUACUUGCUGGCCGCGAUUUGAUCGGCAUUGCCUUCACGGGCUCUGGCAAAACGCUGGUAUUUGUGUUGCCGAUUGUAAUGUUUGCUCUGGAACAGGAAUUCCGUCUGCCCUUCGAACGCAACGAGGGUCCGUACGGGCUCAUCAUAUGUCCGUCUCGUGAACUGGCCAAACAGACGCACGAAAUCAUUCAACAUUACAGUAAGCAUCUGCAGCUGUGCGGUAUGCCUGAGAUUCGCUCCUGCCUGGCAAUGGGCGGACUGCCAGUGUCUGAGGCGCUAGAUGUGAUAUCGCGUGGAGUGCACAUUGUGGUGGCCACUCCUGGGCGACUCAUGGACAUGCUGGACAAGAAGAUACUUACUUUGGACAUGUGUCGGUAUCUGUGCAUGGACGAGGCGGAUCGCAUGAUUGAUAUGGGCUUCGAGGAAGAUGUGCGUACUAUAUUCUCGUUCUUUAAGGGUCAGCGGCAGACGCUGCUCUUCUCUGCCACAAUGCCCAAGAAGAUUCAAAACUUUGCGCGUUCUGCACUUGUCAAACCAGUGACAAUCAACGUAGGACGUGCCGGUGCCGCCUCCAUGAAUGUCACGCAGCAAGUAGAGUAUGUGAAGCAGGAAGCCAAAGUGGUCUACCUACUGGAGUGCCUGCAAAAGACGGCUCCUCCAGUGCUUAUCUUUGCCGAGAAGAAACAAGACGUGGACACUAUACACGAAUAUCUACUGCUUAAGGGCGUCGAGGCUGUGGCCAUACACGGCGGCAAGGAUCAGGAGGAGCGUUCACGUGCGGUCGACGCAUAUCGGGUGGGCAAAAAAGAUGUUCUUGUUGCCACAGACGUGGCCUCCAAAGGCCUAGAUUUUCCCAAUGUUCAGCAUGUGAUCAAUUACGAUAUGCCCGACGAUAUCGAGAACUAUGUGCAUCGCAUUGGUCGAACAGGUCGCUCUAAUACCAAGGGAUUAGCGACUACACUGAUCAACAAGAUAACUGAGCAAUCUGUACUACUGGAUUUAAAGCACCUUCUCCUGGAAGCCAAGCAGGAGGUACCCGACUUUCUUGACGAACUGGCGCCUGAGGCGGAGCAUCAGCAUUUGGAUCUGGGCGACUCGCAUGGCUGCAGCUAUUGCGGUGGUCUUGGCCAUCGGAUAACCGAAUGCCCCAAAUUGGAGGCAGUGCAAAGCAAACAGGCCUCGAAUAUUGGAAGACGCGACUAUUUGUCCAAUACGGCUGCCGAUUACUAAAAA